AUGGCGUCGACUCCGACGAGGAGUACGACGACGACGUCGUCGCCGACGGCCACUUGGCGGCGCCGCCUGCCCCUCCGCCCCCCGCCGCUGCCGCAGACCAGCAAAUACUCCGUUCCUCCUCCUCCUCCUCCGUCCCCAAUCCUAACCGAAAUCCUUCCGCCUCCUUUCCCAAUCCCCAGAACGGGCGCCGGCGGCGGGGCCUGGGGCGUCGCCUUCGUGGCCUCUCCCGACGGAAAGCGCCAGAGGAUCUCCCCUCCGGGGGAGGAGAGGAAGCCCCUGGCGGUGGCGUACGACGAGUCGCGGCGCAUAUUCCAGAAGCUAUGGACGGAUGCGGACGAGAUCACGAUUCUGCAAGGGUUCUUGGAGUUCACGUCGCAGCGAGGGACGACGCACGCCAACUACCAGCACGACACGGGGCCCUUCUACGACCAGAUCAAGAGCCGCCUUCAGCUGGAAUUCAACAAGAACCAGCUGGUCGAGAAGCUCCGCCGCCUGAAGAAGAAGUACCGCAACAUGGUAAGCCGGAUCGCGGCCGGGAAGGAGUUUGUCUUCAAGAGCCCCCACGACAAGGCUACCUUCGAGAUCGCCAGCAAGAUCUGGAGCCCCAGCUUCAAGAAGACCCGCAACCGGGACUCCUGCAAUGCGCCCAACCUCCAGCUUCAAGAAAGAAGCAAUCUUGUCCCCGUCCAGGUCGCCGAGGACGUUCGCGCUGAGCUCCGAUCAGAUGAUGUCGAUGUCUCGGAGAAAGAGAUCGGAUGGAGAGGUGGCGCGGGAGAUGGAGGUGGCCGUGGCUACUCCGGUGGUCUUUGUCCCCGUGGUACAGCAGACGCCAUGCUCAUCCGCUCCGAUCCCAAAUGCCAGUCUUAUCGAGCAGACAGUGAAGAGCUGCCUCUCGCCUUUGUUCAAGGAACUGCUUCAAUAUGCCAUUGGAGGGCCGUGUGUGCCGGGAGGGGCUGGUGAUGGGGGAGCGGCGCUGAAUCCUCUUCUGCUGAGCAGUGCGGGCGGCUCAGGGGCAGUGCAGGUGGACGAGAAGUGGGAGAGAGCAGCAGAUUCUGGAGCUGGAGGUGUACUUUGGAGCGGGUGGAGCUUGUUCAUGAGCAGGUGAAGCUGUAAGACAAGUCUCUGGCAUGGGGGACUUCUUAAAGUGGAUAUUUUGAUAUAUUCUGCUGGGUGUCAUAAAAUAAAUGGAAGCACUUUUAUAGACUGGAGGUAACAUGGUACGGACAAAGUGCCAACACAGUUCUGGAGUGAUGAGUAACUAGUGUGCUUUGAAGGCAAAUUAUGGAACAAAGUCAUAUGACCAGAAUUUUUCUAUUCAAAGUGGUGGGCGAUCAAGAUGCAUAUGCUGCCAAGGUCUAAGGAAGCCUUGAACAAGGGAUGUGCUUGAAGUGGUGUUGACCUAAGAGAAGGUUAAGUUAGGGUUCAGGUGAUGGGACAUUGAUUUGGUUGUCGUCGCUGUCUGAACAGAAAGGUUGUGAAGUUUAGAAAUAAUAGACCAGAAAAUUUCUAUUCCAAGUGCAAAGCAGUUAGGAGUAUGUGCAACAAAGAUCCAAGGAAGCUUGAUCAAGGGGCAUGCUUGAAGCUGUGUCAAAGGAUCUGGCAAGAAGAUUCAAAUGGGGAUUAUGUAAUGUAAGAUUGGUUGAGUCGGUCAUGUGAAAGAAAGGUUGUGAUGUUCAGAAAAUAACGUGGGCAGAAGUGUUGUAUACAAAGUGGUGGGCAAUCAAGAUGCGUGUACAACAAAGAUUUGAGGAAACUUUGAUCAAGUGAUGUUCUUGAACUUGAAUUGAAGGAUCUGGAAUGAAGAUUCAGUUGGGGCUAGGUGAUGGAAGAUAGGUUGUGGUGGUUGCUCAUGUGAACAGAAAUGAGAAGUUACCUUGACUAGAUACUAAGAUUAGAUCAUUUUAGAGGGUUAAAGUGGAAGUUUGUGGAAGAUGGAGAGUUCCGGAAUAGAGGGGACUCUGAUCCAGGACCUUGUUGAUGGUAGAAAGGCAGAGUUAGGUUAUAAAUUGACAUAUUUAGGGAUUUUUGUUAGUGCUUUUAAAUUCAAGAUCAAAGAUUGUAAAAGCCGUUAUUCCACCACCCUCUUUCAGCCAAGCAUUUAUUUGGAACACAUGGAUUAAACCAUUUUUUCA